AUGGAUUUCUUCAAUCUAUUCUGCCUCAGCUGGCUUGACCUAUUGUUCUUCCUUGCUAUUGGAGGAGUUAUUUAUAUGAAGAAAAGAUCAAAUAAAGCUAAAAGAGCCAAGAAUGGAGACUUUAAAGGGAAGAAAAUUCUCAUCACUGGUGGCACUAGUGGGAUUGGAAAAGCACUGGCUGAAAAGUUCUCAAAGCUUGGAGCCAAUGUGAUUAUUACAGGAAGGGAUGACAAGAAGUUGCAGGAGGUUUCUAAGACAAUUGACAAAUGAGAAGGAUAUGUCCUAGAUAUGGAAAAUCCUGAAGAAGUUGAGAAAUGGUGAGAAAAUAACACUAAGAACCUUGGAACUCUUGAUGCAGUCAUUCAUAACGCUGGUCUUUCAAUGAGAGACCUGUUCAUGAAUACAGAGAUUAAGCUAGGCCAGAGGUUGCUCAAUGUUGACUUCCUGUCUAUUUUUGCAAUGAUCCAAGGUCUUAUGGGAAAUAUGAGAACUGACGAGCAAGGUAGUGUGAUCUGUGGAAUUGGAUCCUUAGCUGGGGUCAGUGGAGCAGGUGUUAGGUCGAUGUAUUCAGCAAUUAAGGGAGCAAAUGACGCCUUCUUUAAGUGUCUUGCUUGUGAAAUUAGAGAUAAGAAUAUUCAUUCAAUGAUAGUUCAUCCUGGAUAUAUCCAGACAAAUGUUUCACAGAAUGCGUUAGUUGGAGACGGUCAGAAAUCAUUUGGAAAAACAGACUCCAAUAUUAAAAAUGGACUUCCAGUAGAGGACUGUGUUAACCAAAUUAUUGACAGCAUUGUAUUGAGAAAGACCGAAGUAUGGGUAUGCAAAGGCUUUGGAAUGAAGAUAUUGAUGUUUAUCUCAAAAAUAUUCCCUUCCUUCCUUGAUUAUGGACUCUACAAGAACUUGAACCAACAAUUAUCAGCACUCAAGAAGGCUUCAUAG